AACAUGCUGGAUAAUUAAACAUCAGAAACCCGGAGACUGAGUCCGACACGGAUCAAUCUGCUGACUUUGUCCUCUUUACUCAUCCAUCAUGUUGCCGACGUCCGCUUACGAGGAGUGCCGAGCCAUAGCCGACUGGCUGCUGGCUAACACCAAGGUGCGGCCGACUGUGGGCAUCGUAUGCGGCUCAGGUCUGGGAAAACUGGCUGACAUGCUCAAGGAUCCGGAGGUCAUCAAGUACACAGACAUUCCCGACUUCCCCCAAAGCACAGUGCACGGACAUGGUCAGCUGGUGUUUGGAACCCUGAAAGGGAAGCCGUGUGUUUGCAUGCAGGGCAGGUUCCACCUGUACGAAGGUUACCCCCGUCCAGAAGGUAUCACGCUGCCCGUAGCGCGUCUUCAAACUGAUGGCGUGCAGACGAUGAUCCUGACCAGCGCUGGAGGCCUCAACCAGGACUACAAGGUGGGAGACAUGAUGAUCAUCAAAGACCACAUCAACAUGCCAGGCUUCGCUGGAGUCAACCCGCUGAGCGGACCCAACGAGGAGAGGUUUGGCAUCCGUUUCCCCUGCAUGUCCGACGCCUACGACCGUAAGCUGCAGCAGUUGGCGCACGACGUGGCAGCGGAGCUCGGCUACAGCGACUUCCUGCGGGAGGGGGUUUACUGCGUGUUGGGAGGCCCCUCCUUUGAAACCAUCGCUGAGUGCCGCAUGCUGCACACGCUGGGAGCCGACGCCGUCGGUAUGAGCACGGUACACGAGGUGAUUGUUGCCCGCCACGCCGGGAUGCGGUGCUUCGCUCUGUCGCUGAUCACCAACCAGGCGGUGAUGGACUACGACAGCCACAUGAAGGCCAACCACGAAGAAGUCCUGGAGGCAGGAAAACUGCGCGCCGAGCAGCUGGAGAAGCUGGUGUCCACCAUGGUGGAUCGGCUGGAGCAAAACAAUUACUGCGCGUGAACGUUCGGCUCCCGCGAGCUGGCCCGGGUCAGCCUGAGACAUUAUGAAAUACAUCCCAUAACGCUAAAAACAUAAAUACCAUCAAACAAUCAGGCUGAAGUUAGUACUUGAUAACCGAGUUACUGUUAUUUUAAGUCUUAAGAUUUUAGAAAUGUUGCUUCACAGACUCCAAGGCCAGCUUUUAAAUUCUGAGGUAAACAAAGCGGCAGUAACCCUGCAGCUCUCUGAAAACUCCUGCUGUGACACCCUCAUGUUUAGCCGUGACGUGACUGACAAUACAAACAAACAGUCCUCCAGCUUGUCUCACAUUUGUCUUAUUAACCAUAGUUAACGUGCACCACUACGCCCCACAAACCAAAUAUCCUUAUGCCAGAUAUUAACUUUAAUUUGUUCAGAAGUGAUAAAACAAAGCGUGAUGUUAAACACGAAUCACUGAGCGUUAAAUGAUUUUAAAUUAUGUCAAGCAACAAUGGGGAGGGGCUUGUUACUGUGCCACUCUCAAGUGAGAGCGGGGGAGGGGCUAAGCAUUGCUUGCUCACAUCAAUUGAUGUGUCAUCUAGUAUAAAUUUUAGCUCCGGUCACAUGACAUUCCAGAAUCAUCAUCAUCAUCCUAAUCUGCACCAGCAGUAGCUGAGCAACAAGAGAACACGCGGUAAUGUAGCAGUGCUAGUUAGCGCGCAUUCAUUCAUGUAAAACUGUCCUGUUGUGCAAAGUUUGUUUAAUCUUCCUUCUACAGAUAUUUACGGUUUGGUUUCACAUUAUAGUUGCGUGAUUCCUUCAGCCCCAUUUGGACACAUUCAGGAACCUCCAAUAACUUCUGUGGUGCACAGCGCCACCUAUGAUCCAACCCAAAAAGCAGCAAAUCAGACGUUGCGUCACGUCCGGCUUAAGAAGAGCAUUGUGCACCGACACAGUGAACCUAUAGUGUUUCAAUGAAACAUUGUCCUAAUGCUACUACUAAUUUAAGAGGGUUUAAUUUAAAAGUGUAUUUAUUUCAGCUCUUACAUUCCAAACUACUACAGAAAAACGGUUUUAACCGACGGAGAGACCGACUCUUACCACGUGGUAAUGUUAAUAAUAGAAGGUGAUUAUAAUUCCAUGAAGUAUGCUGUAAAAUCUUCUGAAAUAUUUAUACUAAAUGUAUUUAAGGGGUGUUUUUAUUUGCUUGAAAAUGUAUUAGGGUGAUGGAUGAACAGAUGCAUGAAAUACAGUUACAAAGUUUCAAUA